UUUCUUAAACAUCUCUUCGUUUUCUCCGCAGUGCUGACAGUCAACGAUGGGUGACUGGAGUUUCCUUGGCAACAUCCUCGAGGAAGUCAACGAGCAUUCUACGGUAAUCGGUAGGGUGUGGCUUACCGUACUGUUCAUCUUCCGAAUCCUGAUCUUGGGCACGGCUGCGGAGUUCGUGUGGGGCGACGAGCAGUCGGAUUACGUGUGCAACACGCAGCAGCCGGGUUGCGAGAACGUUUGCUACGACGAGGCCUUCCCUAUUUCGCACAUUCGCCUUUGGGUUCUUCAGAUCAUCUUUGUUUCCACACCCUCUUUGGUGUACGUGGGCCAUGCUGUCCACCAUGUACAUAUGGAAGAGAAACGCAAAGAAAAAGAGGAGGCAGAAAUAAACAGGCAGCAAGAGAUAAAUGAAGAAAGGCUGCCGCUUGCACCCGAUCAGGGAAGCGUCCGUACAACCAAGGAAACCGGCGCGAAGGGCAGCAAGAAGUUUCGUCUGGAGGGCACGCUUUUGAGGACGUAUAUCUGCCACAUUAUCUUUAAGACUCUCUUCGAGGUAGGCUUUGUGGUGGGCCAGUACUACCUGUACGGCUUCCGAAUCCUGCCGCUGUACAAGUGCAGCCGUUGGCCGUGCCCGAACACGGUCGACUGCUUUGUCUCGAGACCUACCGAGAAAACCGUCUUCAUCAUCUUUAUGUUGGCCGUGGCCUGCGUCUCCCUCUUUCUCAACUUUGUGGAAAUCAGCCAUUUGGGCCUGAAAAAGAUCCACUUCGCGUUCCGUAAACCAUCCCAAUCCGAGGGACCCGGGACGGCCGACAAGUCUUUGCCGUCCAUGGCGGUGUCCUCCAUCCAGAAGGCCAAGGGCUACAAGCUGUUGGAGGAGGACAAGGCUACGUCGCACUUCUUCCCCAUGACAGAGGUGACGGGGAUGGAAGCGGGACAACUGCCGGCAGCCUACGAGCCAUUUGAGGAGAAAUCAGACGAGAGAGGUGCAUCUAAAAAAGACAUGUCCAAGGUGUACAAUGAGACGCUACCCUCCUACGCCCAAACCACAGUGAUAGGGCCGAGCGCAGCAAGCAUUCUACUCCGAGACGAAGACGAGGACGAGCUGGCCGUGGAAGCCAGUGAGACUAUCGAAGACAUGCGACCGCUCAGCAGCUUGAGCAAAGCCAGCAGCCGUGCACGGUCGGAUGACUUGACGGUAUAAAUGAUGCAGAACUGGUAGUGCAGCAAUUGAAAAUUUUAUUUUGCGAAAGAGCUACUAAAGUAUAAAACAAGCGACUGCAAUGGCAACUGCGAUGACACCAGCUUGUUAUUUAAAAAAAAAACUAUUUGAAAAAUUAUGCUGUGCAAUUUUUCGUAAGAAAACAUACAGUAUUUUUGUACUGUUUUUAUCAAACAGAUAUAGGUUAACAACCAAUGUUAGACAUCAGCACCAGCUAGGUCAAUACAUGUAUUAAAGAGUGAGUCAGGAGAACUUACUAGUAGUUGUAUUUAGCAAACCAUGUGCCGUUUUUUAAUAGUAACAUUUUCUAUUCAGAAUUUUACUCUUUAUGAGAUUCUGAUGUUUACAUUUUUGGAUUAGCCAUUAGUUUAAUGUCGUUUAGUUUGUUAUUAUUAUUCUGAUAAGAAGACUGUCAGGGCAUAAUCAUUUUCACCUCAAUAACCAUACAUUAUUAUUAUUAUUCAAUCAAUCUUAUUGAUCUGUAUUGUACUGUAAUGUCCAGUGUGGAUAUGAGUGAGAAAAAACAAAUGCUGUUAAUUUCAUUGCACAGUUCAUGAUGGCAUAGGGUGGCCAUUUGUGCUAGUUUCGCCGGACGCGUCCCAGCCAGGAUUUCAGGUGCGUCUUCCGCUCGACUGCAUACGUCAUCGAGGUUCUCACAUUUCAGUUAAAAUACAUUCGAAAAUUAAGAUUUAUUUCUUUUAAGACAUACAAUCAUUGCAGUUUCAUUCUUACCUUGAAAUAGUAAUGUUGCUUUUCUGAAAUAGAACCUGAAAUAUUAAACCAUGGUGACUUAUGCGGUCGACCAACACGGCUUCCGGAGAACGCCCCCAAAAUCCUGACAUGAAUGGCCACCCUAUCAUGGCAUACUUUAGAAAUGUAGAUCUAACCAUGGGUUUACACCAGUCGCGUUUGAGGCGUCAAAAUCGUGUCUACCGCACCUAGUAUGCCACACAGUUUGAGUUUACUUGCCUCAUUCGCACGUGAAAUUCUAGUCGCCGAGACAUUCACGCGGAAAUUCGCAUCAUGGGAGGGGCUUCUGCGACUCCGCUCGCUUCCUGUAAUCACGUCACUACUAAAGCACGCUCCUGAUUGAUUAACGUGACGUUUUUCCACCAAAGUUUAAAAUUUUCAACUUGCGCGUUUGCAGCGAC